AUGGCGGCAGCGUUCCUGGUAACGCUCUUCUACAUCGCGGUGGUUUUCACCUGCUUCAUCGUCACCACCGGCCUGGUUCUAGGAUGGUUUGGUUGGGAUGUUCCCGUAAUUCUGAGAAAUUCGGAAGAAAUCCAGUUCAGCACAAGAGCGUUCAAAAAACCAAUGAGACAAGUCAAGAACCCUUUUGGUUUAGAGAUCACUACCUCAUCUUCAGCUUCACUAGCAGCCGGCAUGACCUUGACAGCAGACUGCCUUGAAGAUAGUCGUCUUACAUGCUUCUGGGGGUGCAGUGUCCAAAAGCUCUAUGAAGCUCUUCAGAAGCACGCUUCCUGCUUCAGGAUAAGCACUCCACGGCGGGCGUUAGAAGAGGCACUGUACAGUGACUAUCUCCACCGGGAACAGUAUUUUAUUAAAAAGCACAGCAAAGAAGAAAUAUAUUGCCAGUUGCCAAGAGAUACUGAAAUUGAAGACUUUGGUCCAGUACCCAGAUCUCGCUAUCCAUUGGUAGCUCUGUUGACCCUGGCUGAUGAGGAUGAUAGGGAAAUUUAUGAUAUUAUCUCCAUGGUCUCAGUGAUUCACAUUCCUGAUAAGACUUACAAACUGCCUUGUAGAAUAUUGUAUCAAUAUUUGCUCCUGGCUCAAGGUCAAUUUUAUGAUCUUAAGCAACUCUUCAUGUCUGCAAACAGUAGUCCCAGUCCCUCCAGCAAGCGCUCGCCAGCAGACAGAGAUGCGGAGCAGAGCUUACUGGAGAGGGCGGGGCUGGCAAGGAGUGGAGUGGAGGAGAGCAGCAAGGACUGUGUGAUGUGCCAGAAUGGGGGCGUGAACUGGGUGCUCCUGCCGUGCCGCCACGCCUGCCUGUGCGACAGCUGGGUGUGCUACUUCAAGCAGUGUCCCAUGUGCCGCCAGUUUGUGCAGGAGUCCUUUGCGCUUUGCCGUCAGAAAGAGCCAGACAAGGACAUGCUGGAGAGCUCCUGA